AUGGCUUCAGCAGCAUCUAUACCCCCAACUGGACAACUGAUCUGGCACACGUACGUCACUUUUAAGAAGGAGGAAACGGUUCCGGGACCAGACGUUGCAGGAACAGUGGUGUUGGCGCCUCCUUCCUCACCUUUUCAGCCAGGCGACCAAGUUUACGCUCGCAUCCCAUAUUCUCGCCCCGGAGCUGCCAGAGACCACACUAUCGUGCUUACCGGCGAGUUGGCGCGUAAACCGAAGAAUUUGAGUUGGGAGGAAGCUGCAGCGGUGCCCCUGUCAGCACUCACAGCCUGGCAAGCACUCUUCGACCAGUCUGGCUUGUGGAGUGGACCGGAGGACGACAGAGCUAAGGGAAAGAGGAUUGCUGUUACUGCAGCAUCGGGAGCUGUGGGUAUGUGGAUUCUGCAGAUUGCAAAGAUAGCUGGGUUCGAGGCGGUUAUUGGGACGUGUGGAGACGGGAACGAGGAGUUUGUGCUAUCAAAGGGGGCGACCGAGGCAGUCAACUACAAGAAAACCUCAUUGACUGAGUGGGCGGCAGAGAAGGAAGGGAGGAAGGUGGAUUUGGUGAUUGACUGUUUUGGAGGGAAGAGUUUGGUGGAUGCUUGGGGUUGUGUGAAAGAUGGAGGUGUGCUGAUUAGCAUGGUUGGAUCACCAGAGGAGGCUAAGCCAGCGGGGAUGGAGGUGAAGGACGUGAAGAGCCACUUCUUCAUCAUGGAGCCCAGGGGAGAUCAAUUGCAGAAGAUUACAGGCUUGGUGGAACAGGAAAAGUGUACUCCACUGCUGGACAGCGUUUACCCAUUGGAAAAGUUUCAAGAGGCUACCGACAAGGUGGAGAGCAGACGUGCAAGGGGGAAGGUGGUGCUGAAGGUGUUGUGA